AUGAAGCUCCGCCACCUCCCACCCGUCCUCUUCCUCUUAGUGACAGCCCUCUCGCUCCCCGCCUUCUCCUUCCGCCGCAACCUGUUCCUCCCUCGAGACCCGUCGCCGUCCCAGCAGCAUCACGCCGGCGACGACGCGCUCCUCCGCCGGCUCGCGGCCGUCGACGCCGGCGCGGACCAGAUCCUGGCCGAGGCGGCCGCGAUGCUGGCUAACGCCUCGAUAUCCUCCUCCACCCAUCAUCACAGCAGCAGCCUCGGCAACGGCCACCACCGCCUCCUCACCCUCCGCCUCCCUUGCUGUUCCAGCAACGCCACCGUGUCCCGCCUCCGCGUCCCCUACGACACGCUCCCCGAAGACGGCGCCCUCCUCGCCGCCUUCCGCGCCUCCCUCCGCUCCUACCUCCUCGCGCACCACCACAUCCGCCGCCGCCGAAGCGGCGCCAACAACGCCGCCAUCGCCAGCGUCAUGCGCGACCUCCCGGGCCUCCUCGGCCGGCGCCGGCGCUUCCCGACCUGCGCCGUCGUGGGCAACAGCGGCAUCCUCCUCGGCUCCGGUCGUGGCCCCCAGAUCGACGCGCACGACUUCGUCGUCCGCCUCAACAACGCCCCCGCCGGCGCCGCGGCCGCCUUCGCGCCCGACGUCGGCAGCAAGACCUCGCUCGCCUUCGCCCACUCCUUCGUCCUCCGCCGCUGCGCCGGCCCCUCCGCCGCCACCGUCCCCGGCUGCGCCUGCCACCCCUACGGCCGCAGUGUCCCGCUGGCCAUGUACGUGAGCCACCCCGCGCACCUCCUCGACGCGCUCGCCUGCGGCGCCACCGCCACGCCGGCGUCCCCGUUCCGGCUCCGCCUCACCGACGCGCGCCUCGACGCGCUGUGUGCGCGCAUUGCCAAGUACUACUCGAUGCGGCGGUUCGUGGCCGCCACCGGGGAGCCGGAGAGCAACUGGCGCGGCGGCGACGAGAGGACGCCGCACUUCCACUACUCGUCGGGGCUGCAGGCGGUGGUGAUGACGCUGGGGGCGUGCGAGGAGGUGUCCAUGUUCGGGUUCGGGAAGGCGGCGGGGGCGAAGCACCAUUACCACACCGAGAGGAAGAAGGAGACGGAGGUGCAUGACUACGAGGCCGAGUACCAGUUCUACCGCGACCUGCAGUCGCGACCGGAGGCGGUGCCGUUCCUCGACGAGGCGCCGGCGGGCUUCAAGCUGCCACCGGUGAAGCAGUAUUGGUGA